ACAAGGAGUAUAUUCCCUUAGAACCCACUCGACGAAUAUUCUAAUUCCCACUCUUUAUAAUCUAUUUUACAUCCUCUUUACCAUUUUUCUCUUUCUCUCUCUCUAAACUCCGUCGUUGAUCGAACGCCGGAAAUUUUGUUGCCGUUCACCCAGCUUUCCCGCCGGCGAGAGUGUAAGCAAGUUAGAGCGAUUUGUCUGUGCGGCGAGACCAUGAAGUUCUGGAAGAGCCUCAGCAACCUGAUUGAAGAAACGUUGCCCGAUUGGCGGGACAAGUUUCUGUCGUACAAGGACUUGAAGAAGCAGUUGAAGCUGAUUUACCCUAAGGACACCGGAGAUAAUAAGCCUCCUCCCGCCAAAAAGACCAAGCUUUCCGACACCGGCGACGGUGUUGGUGGUGGUGGGGAUUCCGUUGAGGCUGAGAUUAACGAGGAAGGCGGCGAGGUGACGAAGGAGGUCAGCGAUUUCGUGAGGCUGUUGGAGGAAGAAAUCGAGAAGUUCAACGGCUUCUUCGUUGACCAAGAGGAAGAAUACGUUAUCAAAUGGAAGGAGCUGCAAGAUAGAGUAGCAAAGGCUAAAGUAUUGAAUGAGGAUUUGACAGAUGUAGGGAGGGAAAUUGUGGAUUUUCAUGGAGAAAUGGUUCUGUUAGUAAAUUACAGCACCCUUAACUAUACAGGACUAGUGAAAAUAAUGAAGAAAUAUGACAAGAGAACUGGUGCUCUUAUGCGUAUGCCCUUUAUCCAACGUGUACUGCAACAACCAUUCUUCAGUACUGACCUGCUUAACAAGCUUGUGAAGGAAUGCGAGAUGAUGCAUGAUCAUCUCUUUCCCAAAAACGAUACACCAAACUCCCCUAAGGCAACAACUGUUGGAGAAGGCUGCGAUUCCACUGUUACCAAUGAUAAUGGAGAAAGGCCGCUUAAAGUUCCAAAGGAGCUUGCUGAAAUCGAGAAUAUGGAGAGCACAUACGUUAAGCUAACUUUAUCAGCUUUGCGAGUCUUGAAGGAGAUACGGAGCGGAAGCUCUACUGUCAAUGAGUUUUCAUUGCCCCCUCUGCAGGGUAAUGCAGCAGAUGAUUUGAAGAACAUACCUGUUAUAGAACAGACUGCCAAAUAAAUCACUUGAGCAAAAUUUGGGAUUGGAGACGCUCUUAUUCCACCUUUUUUGUGUUUUGUGAUAUCGUCUUGUACAUUAAUUGAUACCAUGAGAUACCAACGUAGACGUCUACUAACCAUAUCCAAUAGGACCACUUUUCUUGUAUUUUUUUUUUUUUUUGGUAGAAAAAUGCUUCAAGACAUUAGUUUGAAUGUAUAGACAGUAAUCAGGCUUUUGAUCAUUAUGAAAUAAGGCGAGUGUAAAUCCAUGCUUGUUGAU